AUGGCCUCCCAGCCACGCUGCGCCUGUGGCGCAAUUAUCGUCCUCGACGCAGCCAUAGCCAUACACGAAAACGAUCUGUUUUCUUUCAACAACAAUGCACGCCAGGCCAAGAACGCGCCCAUUGGCGUUGACAGCCAUCCCCUACUCGCCAAAGCUGAAGCGCCCACAAGCCCUUUGCCCGCCCUUUCCCACUUGAGCCGAUCUUGGGGGAUCGUCUUUGCCGCUGAUGUGAUGGUAGACACUAGCAUUGUUUCCGUCGAUUAUGUAGAUUCGUAUAAUACCGAGAAUCCCACGCUGCCACGCAUGCAAUGUGGGAUACCGACAAUAGAGGUUUCAGAGUGCCCGAUCAAAGACCACUGCGUUCUCUGGUGCGAACCAAGAAGGAAACCCCUGAGCUGCACCAUGAAGGCUUCUUUCCUCCCUUUGCUCUUGACUGGGCUAACAGGGCUGGCCUCAGCCGCCUCCAUUGCUGACGCUCCUCAGUGCGCUGUAAGCAGUAUCCUACGACUUUUCCACGAGUUUCUCGCGGGCUUGAUAUCCUGCGCUCUUUCGGCUCUUCCCCAAUCACCUUGCACUAUCUCGAAUCAAACAUGUCUUUGUGUCGAUCCGACUUUCAACAGGCUUGUUGGCGACUGCGUAAAAGAUGCGUGCACGAUAAAGGAAGCAUUGGCUGUUACAAACUUGACGUGGUCGUCCUGCGGGUUUCCCCUGACUGAUCGGACGAGUACGGCGCGAUACACGACAAUCUUUUUAUUCAUCCUACCGGUGGUUUUCAUGGCAAUCAGACUGUCGGCCAGGUUUAUGCGUCUUGCGCCCUGGGGCGCAGAAGAUACAGCAAUAUGUAUCGCUUUUGUAUGCGUGCCAGUCCAACGUUCCAAGCGCGUUCAAGAAUACAGGUCUAUCGGAUUAGAAGUCCAAUUCGACCGCGGCAUAUAG